AUGGAGCACAACAAGAAAAAUCUUUUUUCUGGAUUGCCUUCCAGUUCUUUUCCUUCGGCAUUUGCAGAGUUGUCAAGGCACAUCACUCGCACCUUUUAUGAAUCUUUGCCCGCUGUAAUCGAGAGUUAUCUCUUUCUAUUCAUCAAUGAUUCGGUCAUCCCCCACAUCCUAAAUAUAUGUGCUAAUGUUCCCUUAUAA